AUAUGCUUACAACCGUGAACCUGAAAAAGCACUUGAAUAUAAUCUUCGUUUGCGUAGACCAGGCGUUUUUGAGUUAAUAAGAACUUAUAAUCUAUUCUCAGCUGUACAAGACAAAGUAAUUCUUUUGUUAGACUUUGAUCAGCAUCUUAUGUCAGAGGCCCAAAAGGAAAAUGAGACGAAGGAUAAACCAAAUUACAUGCUUGGUGUAUCACAAGUCAAAGCAAAGAAUAUGCCAGCAGUACAAUUAUUAAUUGAAAAUACUGAUUCAGUUCCGAUUAGUCAUGUUGUUAGUCAAUUACGAUCCCAUCGUCAUUAUUUGCACAUAUAUUUGGAUGCAUUAUUUACUCGAGAUCAUCAUAUGGGAUUUGAAUUCCACGACCUUCAAGUAGAGUUAUAUGCAGAGUAUGAUUAUCAAAGAUUGAUAGACUUUUUGCGUGCCAGCAAUUACUACCAUCUAGAAAAGGCGUAUGAAAUCUGUAAACAAAGAGAUCUAGUUCCGGAAAUGGUUUUUAUUCUUGGUCGUAUGGGUAAUAAUAAACAGGCUUUAAUGUUGAUUAUAGAACGAUUAGGAGAGGUUCAGCGUGCAAUUGAUUUUGCUAAAGAGCAAGAUGACGAUAAACUAUGGGAAGAUUUAUUGAAAUAUUCGUUAGACAAGCCACCCUUUAUUACUGGCUUAUUGGAGAAUCUUGGUAACAUUAGCAUUGAUCCAAUAAAACUUCUCGAAAGAAUUCCUGAUGGCCUAGAAAUCGUUGGACUUAAGCAAGCUUUAAUUAAAGUCCUUCAAGACUUUAAUUUACAGGCGUCUUUAAGAGAAGGAUGUCAAACAAUAUUAGUGAGUGACAGUGUGUCCAUGGCUUGUCAGCUUCAUCGAGCACAAAAACGUGGGAUUUCAUGUGGAGCCAUUGCGUUCGAUUCUGCUUCAACACACUUAAUAUUCUUUUGUGGUCAUACUUUCCACGAAAAAUGUCUUUUUGAAAGCAAUGCAAUUCCGAAACUGCCAGAAAACUUUAAUAAACCACAUUCAAUUGGCACAAAAGUUCGUCAUGUAACUAUUCUUCAAUCUAUGGCGCCUAAGUCAAGAUGUCCAAUUUGUAACGAAUCGAAUCAAACCGUUAAGCAAAAGGAAAAACCCGCUAGAGUUCGUGGUUUUGUUCGCAGCCCCAGGGAUGAUGAUGGAAUGCCUCCAAUG